CCCCGGUCGCGCCCAAGGCGAUAUGGCCAUGGUGACCGGGGGCUGGGGAGACCCCAACGGAGACGCCAACGGGGUGGAGAAGGGCUACCCCCGGACUUCGGAGGACGACUCGGCCUCCCCCCAGGGGGGCACCAGCGACCAGGAGCCCGGCGACGAGGACAAGGCCGGCAUCCAAGUGGACUGCGUGGUCUGCGGGGACAAGUCCAGCGGGAAGCACUACGGGGUCUUCACCUGCGAGGGGUGCAAGAGCUUCUUCAAGAGGAGCAUCCGCAGGAACCUGAGCUACACUUGCAGGUCGAGCCGGGACUGCCAAAUCGACCAGCACCAUCGCAACCAAUGCCAAUACUGCCGCCUGAAGAAGUGUUUCCGUGUCGGCAUGAGGAAAGAAGCUGUCCAAAGAGGCCGAAUCCCUCCCACCCACUCCAGCGUCAGCCCAAACGCCAUGCCCAGCGGGGAAUACUAUAACGGACAGCCCGUUUCGGAACUGAUCUCCCAGCUGCUGAGGGCCGAGCCGUACCCCACUGCCCGCUUCAGCUCCCAGUACGCCCAGCAAGGCAGCGUCAUGGGCAUUGACAACAUUUGCGAGCUGGCCGCCCGGCUCCUUUUCAGCACGGUGGAGUGGGCCCGGAACAUCCCCUUCUUCCCCGACCUGCCCGUCUCGGACCAGGUGGCCCUGCUGCGCCUGAGCUGGAGCGAGCUCUUUGUCCUGAACGCGGCCCAGUCGGCGCUGCCCCUGCACAUGGCCCCACUGUUGGCGGCAGCCGGCUUCCAUGCCUCCCCGAUGUCGGCCGACCGAGUGGUGUCCUUCAUGGACCAGAUCCGCAUCUUCCAGGACCAGGUGGAGAAGCUCAAUCGGUUGCAGGUGGACUCGGCCGAAUACAGCUGCCUGAAAGCCAUAGCGCUCUUCACGCCAGACGCCUGCGGCCUCUCGGACCCGGCCCACGUGGAGAGCCUGCAGGAGAAAGCCCAGGUGGCCCUGACGGAGUACGUCCGCUCGCAGUACCCCUCGCAGCCCCAGCGCUUCGGCAGACUCCUGCUGCGCCUCCCCGCCCUCCGGGCCGUCCCGGCCUCCCUCAUCUCUCAGCUCUUCUUCAUGAGACUGGUGGGCAAGACGCCGAUCGAAACGCUAAUCAGAGACAUGCUCCUCUCCGGGAGCUCCUUUAACUGGCCUUACGGGACGGGGCAGUGAGGAUGAGCCGGGGG